GGCGCCUUCCCGGAGCGCGGGGAGAUGUAAAGACAGACAAAUAGUUUUCCCAAUGAGACUGUAGAAGAGAGGAGCUAUUUGACCAAUGAAGACUGCGGGGCGGGAACAUCUGCCGCGGCGGAGUCCAAGAUGGCGGCGUGCGGUUCCGCUGUGUGAAACGAGCGCGGGGCGGCGGGUUAGUCAGUUUCGCGGAGAAGACCUCCGACGACCCGCUACAAUGAAGGGAAAAGAGCGCUCCCCAGUCAAGCCGAAACGCUCCCGUGCUAGUGAGGACUCGACUUCCCGCGGGGAGCGGAGCAAGAAGUUAGGGGGCUCUGGUGGCAGCAAUGGGAGCAGCAGUGGAAAGACCGACGGCGGCGGCGGGUCGCGGCGCAGCCUUCAUCUGGACAAGUCUAGCAGCCGAGGUGGUAGCCGCGAGUACGACACCGGUGGGGGCAGCUCCAGUAGCCGCUUGCAUAGUUACAGCUCCCCAAGCACCAAAAAUUCCUCGGGCGGGGGCGAGUCGCGCAGCAGCUCCCGGGGUGGAGGCGGGGAGUCACGUUCCUCUGGGGCCGCCUCUUCAGCUCCUGGCGGCGGGGACGGCGGGGAAUACAAAACAUUGAAGAUAAGCGAGUUGGGGUCUCAGCUGAGUGACGAAGCGGUGGAGGACGGACUGUUUCACGAGUUCAAACGCUUCGGUGAUGUAAGUGUCAAAAUCAGUCAUCUCUCGGGUUCUGGCAGCGGGGAUGAGCGAGUAGCCUUUGUGAACUUCCGGCGGCCAGAGGACGCGCGGGCGGCCAAGCAUGCCAGAGGCCGUCUAGUGCUCUAUGACCGGCCCCUGAAGAUAGAAGCUGUGUAUGUGAGCCGGCGCCGCAGCCGCUCCCCUUUAGACAAAGAUUCUUAUCCUCCAUCAGCCAGUGUUGUCGGGUCCUCUGUAGGUGGUCACCGGCACCCCCCUGGAGGAGGAGGUGGAGGCCAGAGAUCACUUUCCCCUGGUGGCGCAGCCUUGGGAUACAGAGACUACCGGUUGCAGCAGUUGGCUCUUGGCCGCCUGCCCCCUCCACCUCCGCCACCAUUGCCCCGAGACCUGGAGAGGGAGCGAGACUACUUCUAUGAGAGAGUACGCCCAGCCUACAGUCUGGAGCCAAGGGUGGGAGCUGGAGCAGGUGCUGCUCCUUUCAGAGAAGUGGAUGAGAUCUCACCCGAGGAUGAUCAGCGCGCUAACCGGACGCUUUUCUUGGGCAACCUAGACAUCACUGUGACAGAGAGUGAUCUAAGAAGGGCUUUUGACCGUUUCGGAGUCAUCACAGAAGUAGAUAUCAAGAGGCCUUCUCGGGGCCAGACCAGUACCUAUGGCUUUCUCAAAUUUGAGAACCUAGACAUGUCUCACCGGGCCAAACUAGCAAUGUCUGGCAAAAUUAUAAUUCGGAAUCCUAUAAAAAUUGGUUAUGGCAAAGCUACACCCACCACCCGCCUCUGGGUAGGUGGCCUGGGUCCUUGGGUGCCUCUUGCUGCCCUGGCACGGGAGUUUGACCGAUUUGGCACCAUACGCACCAUUGACUACCGCAAAGGUGAUAGUUGGGCGUAUAUCCAGUACGAAAGCCUGGAUGCAGCUCAUGCUGCCUGGACCCAUAUGCGGGGCUUCCCACUUGGUGGCCCAGAUCGUCGCCUUAGAGUAGACUUUGCAGACACAGAACAUCGUUACCAGCAGCAAUAUCUGCAGCCUCUGCCCUUAACUCAUUAUGAACUGGUGACAGAUGCUUUUGGACACCGGGCACCUGACCCUUUGAGGGGUGCUCGGGACAGGACACCACCCUUACUAUACAGAGAUCGUGAUAGGGACCUUUAUCCUGACUCCGAUUGGGUGCCACCCCCGCCCCCAGUUCGUGAACGCAGCACUCGGACUGCAGCUACUGCUGUGCCUGCUUAUGAGCCACUGGAUAGCUUGGAUCGCAGGCGGGAUGGCUGGUCCUUGGACCGGGACAGAGGUGAUCGAGAUCUGCCCAGCAGCAGAGACCAACCUAGGAAGCGAAGGCUGCCUGAGGAGAGUGGGGGACGGCAUCUGGAUAGGUCCCCGGAGAGUGACCGUCCACGAAAACGUCAUUGUGCACCUUCUCCUGACCGCAGUCCAGAACUGAGCAGUAGCCGGGAUCGCUACAACAGUGACAAUGAUCGAUCUUCCCGUCUUCUCUUGGAAAGGCCCUCUCCAAUCAGAGACCGACGAGGUAGUUUGGAGAAGAGCCAGGGUGACAAGCGAGACCGUAAAAACUCUGCAUCAGCUGAACGGGAUAGGAAGCACCGGACAGCUGCUUCCACUGAGGGAAAAAGCCCUCUGAAAAAAGAAGACCGGUCUGAUGGGAGUGCACCCAGCACCAGCACUGCUUCAUCGAAGCUGAAGUCCCCUUCCCAGAAACAGGAUGGGGGGACAGCCCCUGCAGCAGCAGCCUCUCCCAAACUCUGUUUGGCCUGGCAGGGCAUGCUUCUGUUGAAGAACAGCAACUUUCCUUCCAACAUGCAUCUGUUGCAGGGUGACCUCCAGGUGGCUAGUAGUCUUCUUGUGGAGGGCUCAACUGGAGGCAAAGUGGCCCAGCUCAAAAUCACUCAGCGUCUUCGUUUGGACCAGCCCAAGUUGGAUGAAGUAACUCGACGCAUCAAAGUGGCAGGGCCCAAUGGUUAUGCUAUUCUUCUGGCUGUGCCUGGAAGUUCUGAUAGCAGGUCCUCCUCUUCCUCGGCCACCUCAGACACUGCCACCUCUACUCAGAGGCCACUUAGGAACCUCGUGUCCUAUUUAAAGCAAAAGCAGGCCGCUGGGGUGAUCAGCCUCCCUGUGGGGGGCAACAAAGACAAGGAGAACACCGGAGUCCUUCAUGCCUUCCCACCCUGUGAGUUCUCCCAGCAGUUCCUGGAUUCCCCUGCCAAGGCACUGGCCAAAUCUGAAGAAGAUUACCUGGUCAUGAUCAUUGUCCGUGUGUUUGGUUUGGAGAUAGGAGUUAGGUAUGAGAACAAGAAGAGAAAUGGAGCUGACCCUGUUAACAUUCUGGUUAUAGUGAUGUGCCUAAAGGGAGAAAACGAUUUCAGCAAAACUGGUGAACAACGGAUGAAGAUACGGAAUUCAAAGCUCUAAUGGACCUUUUUGAAGAGAAGUUGUGGCUUAUGUGGAGUUUACAUGGGCCUCUUGAUGGAAGAAAGCUAAUCUGUUUAGUAUUUGUGCAUUUUACUAAAAUGGCAGCUUAAAGUUGUGUAUCUGCUAUUGUGAUGCCAAUGCCGGUGUUUUAAGUGGAAAAAAAAUGACCUUGCUUUGUGCUGUGUACACAAGAUUUCUGGAAAAGAAAAACCCUUUUUAUGGCUCACACAGCUUAAAAGUAGCUGUCACUCAAACGUGCGCUCACAGUUGAGCUGCUUUUGUUUUAUUCUAAAUAAAUUGUUUCUUUUGAGGAAAAUGUU